UUUAACAUGCUCAGAGGCUCAGCCUGAGUCAUGCGCACUGAAACAUGAGUGCUGUCACACCCUUUCCCUGCAGAGGACGCGGGCAAGUUUCCUGUCUGCAGAGCACACAGGAGAACACACUUGUCCAGAGGGAACCAGGUUUCCAUUUGGUGCCAACACAUGAACUGAGGUGAAACCGUACUUCCUAAUUUUAUACAUUUGAGAAACAGGACUCAGAUCAUCAAGAUGAAAGCUGUCAUCUUCGCAGCAGUUGGAACACUGCUCCUGUCGUGCACUUCUUUUCAAAGCGGGAUAGAAUAUGAAGCAGACAACUCGGCAGAGCCAACCUUACCUAUUAAGACUUUCCGUGGAGCUCCUCCAAAUUCUUUUGAAGAGUUCCCCCUUUCUGCCAUAGAAGGCUGGACAGGAACCACCACAAGCAUAAAAAUUAAGUGCCCUGAAGAAAGUGUUUCAAAUCUUCACGUGAAUAAUGCUACCAUGGAGUACCUGAGCAGCUCCUUAAGUACCAGACUGAUACCCGCCAUCUACAUCCUGGUGUUUGCAGUAGGUGUGCCAGCCAACGUGGUGACCCUGUGGAUGCUCUUCUUCAGGACCAGAACCAUCCAUAUGACCAUCUUCUAUACCAACCUGGCUGUGGCAGACUUUUUCUUUUGUGUUACACUGCCCUUUAAAAUAGCUUAUCAUCUCAAUGGGAACAACUGGGUAUUUGGAGAGGUCCUGUGCCGGACGACCACAGUCAUCUUCUACGGCAACAUGUACUGCUCCAUUCUGCUCCUCGCCUGCAUCAGUAUCAGCCGCUACCUAGCCAUUGUCCACCCUUUCACUUACCGGGGGCUGCCCAAGCGCACCUAUGCCUUGCUAACGUGUGGGCUGGUGUGGGCAACGGUUUCCCUAUAUAUGCUGCCACUUUUCUUUCUGAAGCAGGAGUACUACCUUGUGCAGCAGGACAUCACCACCUGCCAUGAUGUCCACAACACAUGCGAGUCCUCAUCGUCUUUCCAACUCUACUACUUCAUCUCCUUGGCAUUCUUUGGAUUCUUAAUUCCAUUUUUGGUCAUUGUCUACUGCUAUACAGCCAUCAUUCGGACGCUUAAUGCGUAUGACCGUAGAUGGUUGUGGAAUGUUAGGGUGAGUCUCCUCAUUCUUGCGAUUUUUACCAUUUGCUUUGCUCCGAGCAACAUUAUACUUAUCAUUCACCAUGCAAACUACUACUACAACAACACCGACGGCUUAUACUUCAUCUAUCUCAUAGUUUUGUGCCUCGGUAGCUUCAAUAGUUGCCUAGAUCCAUUCCUUUACUUUCUCAUGUCGAAAAUCACAGAUCACUCCACUGCGUACCUUACGAUGGUGAAAUCAUCUUAGGGAGCAUGGAAAAGGUAUUUGUGAAAACAUACAUUCUUGGGCUAAUAUAUGCAUAGCGCAAGGAGCUCUACUCUCUAACUCCAUUUUUGAGCUCCUGAAAAGUAGUCCCUCCAAAUAAAACAUGACACAAGCACUAACUUGCAAAAAAAAAACCCCAAAACAAAAACCCACUAUCAGUAUUUUAAGAAUGUGAAUGCAAGAGAAAACAUACCACUGCUUUCUUUAUGGCAACACACACAUUUGCCUGAGUGGUCCUUCAGGCUCUCUAAAUCUCCAUCUUUCCUACUUCUAAGCGGUUUCUACUCUAGAUGAUGUGGAGGAGGAGGAGGAGGAGGAUGGAAUAAGGGGGAAGGGCGCAGCAUGGGGAGAAGCUAAGAUCUCAGCUUUUGGUAUCUGGUCUCAUUUUUAAUUCUUCUGCCUCCUUCACUCUCAUGCUGGUGGCUGCCUCAUCAGCUGAUUCUAUGUGUAUAAUGUCUCUCCCUAGGGUCCGUUAUCCUGGUCCCAUCUUUGCCUCCUAACCAUUCUCAUCACUGCCAGUCUAUCCUCCAUUUACGGGGCCACUGCCAGAUUAACCUUCCUCAAACAUCAGACUGAACACAUCACUCAAAAUCUCCAGUUCAGAAACCUCCACUGACUCUCCACUGCUGUGGACAAGUGAUAAAUGUCUAGCUUGGCAUUCAGGGCUGAAGUUCUAACUUGAUUUCCCAAUAAACCUUGCAUGUGACUCAGGCACCAGCCGAGCUGCUUGCUUUGCUGUGAUCUUGAUUUCACCUCUCUCUGCCCCUGCCUCUAACUGGAAAGCUUUUUCUAACAUGUUUGCUUUAAUUCUUUCCAUCUCUUGAAGUCCUCAAAGGACCAUCCUUCUCUGACUCUCAGUCUAGAAGUUCAUUUUUCUCAUCUCAACCUUCAAAGCAUUUUGUGGUAUUUUUAUUAUGGCAUUUAUAGAUAGGUCAUUUAUAAACAAAUAUUAAUUCCAUAAACACUUAUUAAGCACCAGGGGUAGUAGAGGGGCUUGUCCUCUCCCUCCCCUAUGUUCCUUUCUGCUACACUUCAUGUAGCAAUGCUAGGCCCAAGUCUUCUCAGGGUCUCUGGAGCCCAGCUCCAUGCUGUGCUCAUCAUGUGGUUGAAUGAAUGAAAGACUAAAAUCCCAAAGCAUCUAAACAGCAUGGAAGCCAAUUAAGUUCAUACUGAGAAGGCAUAUUCUUUAUGACAUGAGAUGACAUCAUUUUUGGUUGGCCACGUUAGAAAAAAAAAAAAAGAAGAA